CAAAUGAUCCGUACACCUUAAAACGACAUUAUGAAAACUCCGCAUUGAUUCAGUUAUUUAAUUUUUUUUAAUCAAAAACAAAAUUUGUUCAGUGUAUUUUAACCCUUAGCAACUUGAUUGACAUUAGAUUUUGUGAGAACAGCAUGCUGCUGGUAAAGAAAACGCUUUUCCGAGCUCCGACCGCGAUGAGGAGGGGUUUGACCUUACGGAUCAAGCAGGUACGUGCCAUGGAGACCCUAUACGACCCGUACGAAGAUGGUGUGCCCAAGAUGCCCGGUCAGCGAUUGGAUUUAAAGAAAAAUGACAAAAAAAACGGGACGAAGGUGCCAUUCAAGGACAACUGCUGGAUAUCAAUGCGGCGCUCUGAGUACAAGUGUCGCUCCGACCCGGAGUUCAAUGUGCCCGCCUUUAUCGAUGCCCAAAGCCGAUGCCUGCCCCCAUGUGCGAGUGCCUAUCCGCCGACGGACCUCACGCUCUACAAGCCCACCGACAAGCUAAACCGCCGGUACCAGCGCACCUGGUGCGAGUGCGAGCUGGAGGAGCGGAAAAGGAAGGCCGUCUGCCGCUGCCGUCCGGUGAACUUCCUGCGACGGGCCCGCCGAACGCCGCCGCUCAAGGCGACCAAAGUGUGCCCCGACGGCAACGAGAGUCUGGGGCUGGGGCAGUGUCGCCCGAAGAAGGACGAGGGCUCCUGCCCCAGGUUCAAGCUGCCCUUUUGCAAGGAUGGCCGCACGGUCGGCUGCCGCGCUGGACGAUCCCCUUCUAACUGCCUUCGUCGCCGCACAAAAUACCCCAGCUACUCGGAGUGCAAGCUGGAUCCGCUGCCCGAUGUGCCGCCCAGCCAGUGCUCCUGCAUCAACCAGCCGCCCAUGUGCGAGGUGUGGAACUACUACCGCAUGAAGAAGUCUUAGUUGCCUGGGUCGCUGUCCCACCAGUUUCGAAUAGACCAUAUACUCAUAUACUUUUGAUAGAAUAGAAGUAAGACAAGUUGGAAAUAUGAAAAAGAAAAAAAGAGAUCCCCCACAAAUGUCAUGAGUGCUUUUGAAUCCAAUUAAAUGCAUGCUUGAUACAAAAAAUAAUAAGUAUUUCCCAAUA